AUGGCCCAACGCGCCUCACUCGGGGCUGCCGCUGGCCUGGCGGCCGUCGCUUGCUUGAAGCACGGCCAAUCCUUCGUGUCCUCGCAGGUUCCGCCUCGCGCCGCCUUCGAGGAGACGCUGCAGGCUUCCCCUGCGGAGGCGGCCCCCGCCCUCCGCGGCGCCGCGCACGCCCAGCAGCCCAGCCCCACGGGGGGAGCGGCAGCCCUGGCAGCGCCGGCGGCCGCCGCCGCCAUCGCCGCGGCGGUCGGGUCCAAGCGCCGCGGUCGCGCCAGCAAGCUGGCGGCCGGCCAGGCCUCGUGCGUUGUUCCGGUCCAUUCGCGCGCCAGCGUGGCCCGCCGGGCCCUGGACCAGUCGAGCCGCUACGCGGACCUCUCGCUGUCGGAGGAGGACCUGAUCAAGAACGGCCAGCACGUGCUGGUGGCCUACAUCAUGAAGCCCAAGGCGGGCUACGACUACCUGGCCACUGCGGCGCACUUCGCGGCGGAGUCCUCUACAGGCACGAACGUGAAUGUGUGCACCACCGACGACUUCACAAAGACUGUGGACGCGCUCGUUUACUACAUCGAUCCUGAGAACGAGGAGAUGAAGAUCGCCUACCCGACGGCUUUGUUCGACCGCAACAUCACAGACGGCCGCGCGAUGAUGUGUUCCGUGCUGACCUUGAGCAUCGGGAACAACCAGGGUAUGGGCGACGUCGACUACGGGAAGAUCUAUGAUAUUUAUUUUCCGCCGCAGUACCUGCGCCUGUUCGACGGGCCGUCGUGCUGCGUGAUCGACAUGUGGCGUAUCCUUGGCCGCGGCACGGUCGGCGGUGGCCUGGUGGUCGGCACAAUUAUCAAGCCCAAGCUCGGCUUGCAGCCGAAGCCCUUUGGCCAGGCGUGCUAUGGCUUCUGGCAGGGCGGCGACUUCAUCAAGAACGAUGAGCCGCAGGGCAACCAGACGUUCUGCCAGAUGAACGAAUGCAUCCCCGAAGUCGUGAAGGCCAUGCGCGCGGCCCAGGAGGAAACGGGCCAGGGCAAGUUGUUCUCCGCCAACAUUACGGCGGAUGACCCGAACGAGAUGAUCGCACGUGCCAAGUACAUCUUGAACCAGAUGGGCCCGAUGGCGGAGAAUUGCGCCUUCUUGGUCGACGGCUACGUGGCUGGCGGCACUGCGGUGACCGUUGCGCGCCGCAAUUUCCCGAAGCAAUUCCUGCACUACCACCGCGCUGGCCACGGCGCAGUGACCAGCCCGCAGACGCAGCGCGGGUACACCGCCUUCGUGCACACCAAGUUGUCGCGCGUCAUCGGUGCCAGCGGCAUCCACACGGGCACGAUGAGCUUUGGCAAGAUGGAGGGCGACGCUUCGGACAAGAACAUCGGCUUCAUGCUGCAAGAUGACGUCGCCGAUGGCCCCUACUACCGCCAGGAGUGGGAGGGCAUGAAGCAGACCACCCCGAUCAUCUCGGGUGGCAUGAACGCCUUGCGGCUGCCUGCGUUCUUCGAGAACCUGGGCCACUCGAACGUUAUCCUGACGGCCGGCGGCGGGGCCUUCGGGCACAAGGACGGGCCGAAGCAGGGCGCGAUCUCGUGCGCCCAGGGCGAGGAGUCGUGGAAGUUGUGGAAGGCAGGCACCUACGGCGACGUGAGCCUGUCGGACGGCGUCGUCGACGUGGCCCGACGGGCCCUGGACCAGUCGAGCCGUUACGCGGACCUCUCGCUGACGGAGGAGGACCUGAUCAAGAACGGCCAGCACGUGCUGGUGGCCUACAUCAUGAAGCCCAAGGCGGGCUACGACUACCUGGCCACCGCGGCGCACUUCGCGGCUGAGUCCUCUACAGGCACGAACGUGAACGUGUGCACCACCGACGACUUCACAAAGACUGUGGACGCGCUCGUGUAUUACAUCGAUCCUGAGAACGAGGAGAUGAAGAUCGCCUACCCGACGGCUCUGUUCGAUCGCAACAUCACUGAUGGGCGCGCUAUGAUGUGUUCCGUGCUGACCCUGAGCAUCGGGAAUAAUCAGGGUAUGGGCGACGUCGACUACGGCAAGAUCUAUGAUAUUUAUUUCCCGCCGCAGUACCUGCGCCUGUUCGACGGGCCGUCGUGCUGCGUGAUCGACAUGUGGCGCAUCCUGGGUCGCGGCACGGUCGGCGGUGGCCUGGUGGUCGGCACCAUUAUUAAGCCCAAGCUCGGCUUGCAGCCGAAGCCCUUCGGCCAGGCGUGCUAUGGCUUCUGGCAGGGCGGCGACUUCAUCAAGAACGAUGAGCCGCAGGGCAACCAGACUUUCUGCCAGAUGAACGAAUGCAUCCCCGAAGUCGUGAAGGCCAUGCGCGCGGCCCAGGAGGAAACGGGCCAGGGCAAGUUGUUCUCCGCCAACAUUACGGCGGAUGACCCGAACGAGAUGAUCGCCCGUGCCAAGUACAUCUUGAACCAGAUGGGCCCGAUGGCGAGAAUAAUUGCGCCUUCUUGGUCGACGGCUACGUGGCUGGCGGCACUGCGGUGA